AUGGCUUCUCAACAGGCCGGAAAUGGUCAGCCAUCUGAUGAUGCCAAGAAAGUGAAUGCUGCCACAGCAGAAGCCAAUGGCGAUUCCACCUCUCAAGCUCCUCUUGGACCAGAUGGUCAGCCAAUGACAAAGACCGCACUAAAAAAGGCAGCCAAAGAAGCUGAACGAAAAGCCAGAAGUGAAGCAAAGCAAGCAUUGCAAGCACAAAGGAUUGCUGCUCAACCUGCCGCAGAAAAGAAGGAAAAAGCAAAGAAAGAAGUCAAAACUGAACCAGAAUAUGUCAAUAACACAAAACCUGGAGAGAAGAAGGAUCUUUCUCAACCUAUGGAAGCAGGAUAUAAUCCAGAUCACGUAGAACAAUCUUGGUUCGAAUGGUGGGAAAAGAGCAAAUUCUUCACCCCUAGACCAGUCACUGAAUCCGAUCCCCACAAUCCUGAACGCACAUUCGUCGUUCCAGCUCCUCCACCAAACGUGACUGGAGCUUUGCAUAUCGGACAUGCUUUGACGAUUUCCAUUCAAGAUGCAUUGGUUCGUUAUCAUCGUAUGAAGGGCUAUCGUGUAUUAUUCAACCCAGGUUAUGAUCACGCAGGUAUCGCAACACAAGCUGUCGUAGAGAAACGUAUUGCCAAGACUGAGGGUAAGACCAGACAUGAUUACGGACGGGAAGCUUUCCUAAAACGUGUUUUUGACUGGAAAGAUGAAUAUCAAUCUCGUAUCGGUAACCAAAUGCGUCGUUUGGGUGCAAGCUACGAUUUCACACGUGAAGCAUUCACUAUGGACGAGACCCGCUCAAAGGCAGUCAUUGAUGCAUUCUGUCAAUUGCAUGAAGAGGGUAUCAUUUACAGAGGAACCCGAUUGGUGAACUGGUGUUGCAAAUUAAGCACCACCUUGAGUAACUUGGAAGUGGAUCAAUUGCAGUUGAAUGGUCGCAAGAUGAUGAACGUUCCAGGCUAUGAUGAGAAAGACCGAUUCGAAUUUGGUGUGAUUAUCAGCUUUGCCUACCCACUCGAAGGCUCUGAUGAAAAGAUCAUCGUAGCCACCACACGUAUCGAAACAAUGUUGGGUGAUACAGCUAUUGCUGUUCAUCCUGAUGAUGACAGAUACAAGCACUUGCAUGGCAAGUUUGUAGUCCAUCCAUUCUUGCCUGACCGCAAGAUUCCAAUCGUUGCUGAUUCAAUUGCUGUUGAUAUGAGCUUCGGAACUGGUGCUGUCAAGAUUACGCCCGCUCAUGACCCCAACGAUUACGAAGUUGGUGUACGUCACAAACUUCCAUUCAUCAACAUUCUCAAUGAUGAUGGUACCCUGAACGAAAACGCCGGUGAAUUCAAGGGAAUGAAGAGAUUCCAUGCCCGUCGUGCAGUCACUGAAGCAUUGAAAGCAAAGGGACUUUACGUCGAGACAAAAGACAACCCAAUGACCGUGCCCAUUUGCAGUCGUUCUGGCGAUAUCGUUGAACCAGUGAUCAAGCCUCAAUGGUGGGUGAACUGUACACCAUUAGCUAAAGCUGCCGUCGAUGCAGUCGAAAAGCAAAAUAUGAUCAUCACACCAGACGUUAGCCGAAGAGAAUUUUACCGAUGGAUGGAGAAUUCGCAAGAUUGGUGUAUCAGUAGACAAUUGUGGUGGGGUCAUCGUUGCCCAGCCUACCUCGUCAAGGUUGAGGGUAAGAGUCAAGAUCCUGCAGACAGUAAGAAUUGGGUAGUUGGACGUACCUUUGAGCAAGCAAAGGAACGGGCUGAGAAACUUGCAGCAGGUGCCAAGUACACUAUGGAACAAGAUGAAGAUGUUUUGGAUACAUGGUUCUCGUCAGGUCUAUGGCCAUUCUCUAUCAUGGGUUGGCCAGAAAAGACGGACGAUCUGAAACACUUCUACCCAAAUUCUCUCUUGGAAACUGGUUGGGAUAUCUUGUUCUUCUGGGUUGCAAGAAUGAUUAUGCUCGGUGUUCAUUUGACAGGUACCAUUCCCUUCAAAGAGGUCUUUUGUCAUGCAAUGAUGAGUAAGAGUUUGGGUAACAUCAUUGAUCCUUUGGACAUCAUUGAGGGUAUUCAAUUGCAAGGAUUACAUGACAAAUUGCUCCAAGGCAAUCUAGACGAAAAGGAAGUACAGAAGGCUAUCACAGGUCAAAAGAAGGAUUUCCCCAAAGGUAUUCCCCAAUGUGGUACAGAUGCUCUUCGAUUCACUCUUUGUGCUUACACAAGUGCUGGUCGUGAUUUGAAUUUGGAUGUGAGCCGUGUAGAGGGUUAUCGUAAAUUCUGCAACAAGUUGUGGAAUGCUACCAAAUUUGCUUUGAUGAAAUUGGAAGGUGGCUUCCAACCUGCAUCUGAGCUCAAGCUUACUGGCGAUGAAGGGCUAGCAGAGAAAUGGAUUUUGAGCAAAUUGGACCAAGCCGCUCAACAAGUUAAUGCAGGAUUCAAAGAACGCAACUUCAUGAACACUUGUGCGGCAAUGUACAAUUUCUGGUUGUACGAAUUGUGCGAUGUGUACAUUGAAGCAACGAAACCCAUCAUGGAAGCUGGAGAUGAAAGAGCGCGCGCUUCUGCUCAACAGACUCUUUACACAUGCUUGGAAGAAGGAUUGAAAUUAUUGCAUCCUUUCAUGCCAUAUGUUACAGAAGAGUUAUGGCAAAGAUUACCACGCAGAGCAAGUGAAAAAGCAGAGACGAUUGCAUUGACUCAAUUUCCCGAAUCGCUUCCUGAGAGACAAGCUUUGACACAAGAUGCUACUAGAUUUGAAAGCGUUUUCAGCGGUAUCAAAGCAGCACGAUCUUUGGCAGCUGAUUAUGGAUUACAGACCAAUUUGCAAAUUUGGCUGCAAACAGAAAAAGAUGAUUUGUUGGAAGCAUUGAAAUCGGAAUCAUUAAUUAUUCGCACAUUGGUAAAAGGAUGCAAAUCUCUGGAAAUUGUUAAAGCUCAAUCUGACGUUCCAAAAGGAUGCGAAGCACUAACUAAAAAGGAAGAAUUCGAACGUGCACCUGAGGAUGUCAGGAAUGGACAAUUGGAAAAGCUCAAAACCAGUGAUGAAGAACAUGCAGCUUUAUUGCAAGCCAAGGCUAACUUUGAAUCCAUUCGCGAUGAUUAAAGGGUAGAUUUGUAGACUAUAUAAUCGCUAAAAUGAUAUGGCUUUAUUGUGCCUUUAAUUGUGAUGAGUAUUUGACAAUUGUGCACGACGGGAAUAACAAAACCGUUGUCGCUCU